CAGCUACCAAUUUCCUUCGCGUCUUCUUUAGAUUCAAAGCCAGUUCUUAAACUGCGAUUUUCACUGGCAUAGACGUCCACUAUUUCUAGUCUUCUGGCCCCCCGCCCUGUGAAAUGCCAGUCUCCUGCUGGCAGAUUUGACUGAGCACGGCCCUGCGACCGCCCUCUUUUCUUGCUAAAAGCCAAUAUAGUUACGAGUCAGUGUGUUUUUUGGCGAUACUACUCUACUCCGAAUACCCAGUGUCCCCAGUGUUGGCCCCCUGAUAUUGACGAGCAGCUGGCACUUAUAGAACCUCUUUCUUUGUUCAUAAGCGCCGUUUCGUGGAUUCGAUUCACAAUUUUGCCUAUACUUUGGCUUUGUCUCAUAUUACAUGGGACUUCAUGACUUGCACUGCUUCCAUGUCUUCAAGAUUCAUGUCCUUCGGCCGUGGAUUAAUAAUUACAAGGCGAUAAGAGAUUGCUAGCGGCUUUCCAUUGACCUCUUCCAUCUACAAUAAUGCCUCCUGAUAACACAACAAUAAGUACGAGACCUCUUCCACUCUACAGAACAACAGCCACUGCAGACAAUGAACUACACAUCAGGCCACACCAAUAUGCAUUGGAAUCAAGCAACACCCAAAAUAACCUGAGUCCGGAUGAAGAGGCGCGGAUUCUGCUUGCGGAGUUCAUGAAUAAAUCCCGUAAAGCUCCCGCGGAACAAAAAUCAAUUGCGAAGAAUCAUGACCGGCAGAAACUGCAACGUCAUAUGUCAAUGAAGCCAAAACGCCAACUGCGCGAGUCCUCCUACUCCUCUUCUUCGGAAGCUCCAAGAGCUCGGAUUCCCAGGCGUUUCGUGUCAAGUGAAAACAAAGAGAACGUUGACCUCGCAGUCACGAACAUCUCUCCUUCAUCGGAGAUUCCCCAGAAAUCCCGACGGUCUGGUCGCCCCAUCAGCAGACCACGAAACUACUAUGCGAAGAUAAGGAUAGGAGAAGAAACUACAGAGGAGGAGACGACGAAAGUCACCAUCAGGAAAGCCCCAGUGGCCGUUAGGAAGAAUGAACCUACUCGAUAUUCCAAGGAAGCGCCGAGAAAGCCUUCGUCAGGGAAAUUAUUACGAGAUCGUGAACUCGGCCUGUGCCGCGUCUCUCAGCGCCAGCUGCACAAAGAAUUCUCCCAAAAUCUCAAGAUCAGCAAGAGGUGGAAAGGGGCAUCUAACGAUGUCCUUGUCCUGACAUGGUCUCCCAAAGGAACGCAAUUCGCUGUUGGCGCAGCAGCAGAGAGCGAUGACCUGAAUAUGGACUACAACCGCGGCAAUAAUUUGCUACUUGGAGAUCUGACGAGGAAUUCCUUGAAGGAACUUCCCGACCACUGGGUGCAGCGGCCUAGGAGAAGGAAUCUGGCGCUGAACACCACUGCUGACCGACGCCUUUUCAUGAGCGUCACAGCCAUCCAAUGGUAUGAAGACAUGCUUCUGACCGCUAGCUAUGAUCACACGGUGAAGCUGUGGGACGUUGCAAAUUAUGACCAGAUCUCUUGCAGAAAGACCCUUCGGCAUCGAUCAAAAGUGAAUCUCAUGGCACGUUCACAUUUCUACAGUAACUUGGUCGCAACGGGAACCCUUGAUGAUUUUACCUUGUGGGAUCUUGAAGACAAUAGCUCGAGUCCUCUUGAAGCUAUCAAGGGAAAGCAGGCUAAAAACAUUAUUGAAUACACGCCUACUGCGUUGGUUUGGGGGCAAACCAAUGUGACGAAGAAGUUCCUUGUGGCAGGGAUGUCCGAGAAAGUUCCAAAUCAAUAUAUCACUGCUUCAUCCGGUCAGCUCGCUGUUUGGACCGCCUCUGAAACCUCGAUGGCACCCAUACAGAUCAGUCCAAGCGCCCAGAAUAUUUUUGAUAUAAAAUGGCAUCCGACAAUGCCAAUCUUCGUCACUGGCAGCUCUCGACCGAAACUCAAUAUUAACGGUGCGGCAAAGGAUACGCGAUCUGUUGUUCGAAUAUAUGAGCCUUUCGUGUCCAAGCGAAGCACUAUGGAGCUCGAUUGUCCUGCACUGGAUAUGAACGACGUCUCGUUUUGCCCCGUUAAUCCAAACUACGUCUCUGCAAGUUGUACGGAUGGAAUAACAUAUGUCUGGGAUAUCCGCGAUCCUUCGGAAGUUCUUCACAAGCUCGAGCAUGGCUAUCCGAUCAAUCAAAUCAAUGAGGAAGUAUCCAGAGAGCAAGCUGAUGUAGGCGUGCGAGUUGCCUUGUGGGGCAACGAGAUCGAUGCGUUCUACACAGGGGCUUCUGACGGGGUUCUAAAGAGGUGGAACAUCCUGCGAUCACCGGAGGAUACCCUUGUUGAAAAUACAGCAUCCUUGAAGGAGGAGAUCAUGUGCGGGACAUUUUCAGACGACAAAACCAAUCUUUUGAUCGGAGACGCUGCCGGCGGGAUCCAUGUGCUGUCGUCUGGUCCAUUUUGGAACACAGAUGAAUGCGAUAUGAACCUCGAAAGCGCCCCCGAGCCCGCCUCAUCGUCGCAGCCACUGUCGUCGUCCACCGGCGCUGACCCGGAAUCCGAAUCUGGAGUUGAAAUCGCGAAUCGUCUUCUUUCCUCUGGUGCGCUGGAGAGACAUCCAGUCUUCGGAGUGGGUCAGGGGCCAAACUACAAAGGGCCGUAUGCCCGCUGGGCGCGACGCAGCAAAGACAAUAAUGUUCCAAUGCAUGUUCUAGCCAAGAGUCCUCUCACUCCCGAGGUGCAGCAGUGUCAGCUCUCCGGUCUCCCAGUGGAUAAACGACCAGGACUAGACAACCAUACUCGAGAGGAGAUCAAAGCGCAGAUCCGGCUUGCCCGGACACGCAAUUACAAACGGAAUAAAAAAAAGAGGAAACGAAAGCAUUCGUCGCACCGAAACGACGAUGACAAGGAGAACACGAAAUUCAUCAGCCUGAUCAGUGACGACGAAGGAUGCUUCCAGCCAUCAAAGGCGGAACCCGAGAUCAUCGAUCUGACCAUGGACAGCGACUCGGAUAGUUCGAGCUCAGCUUCCCAGCCCCCGGAUCCCUUCGACAUUCGGGCUUUUCUCAAAGUGCUUGCAGAAAAUUUGGAGGAAGAUUACUGGUGGCCCGAUAGCGGGCAUAUUGAUGCGAACAUCAACGACGGUGACGUCUGAAAUGCUUGCCGCCAGCUUAUCGCUAAACUGUAUCAAGUUCUAGCUUCAGUACAUAAUGUUGAUGAAGGAUGUAUGAAACAUGGCGACCUGCUGUAGCUUGGAAGAAGUUGGUUUGUGGCACUGCACGACGAUCAAAAAGCCAGCUUAGUCUAGACUCUAGAAUACCAUGAGCCCAUGAUAAUAAUGAUUAAUUCACUGCCU